AUCUAUCCUUGAUAUCAAUCGUAAAACUUGUUCCAAGCUGCGCUUACUAAUCGACGUCGUUUUAUAAGGAUGAUAUGAGCAUUUUGACCUGUUUAAAGCUCUUGAUUAAACCCUAACCUCAAGACAUAGUGGACACUCAAGACAUAGAAGACACUUCCAUUCCUGAAGCCAAAAAGCAUGCAAUCUCCAAGAUUUAUACUCAGCAUUUCCAAGCAAAACCCUAAAUCCCCCUUCUUCUUCUAUUCGUCCGCAUUUUGUCACCGUGACACUCGCCUAGCUCCAUCGCAGUACCGCUUGAUUUCCUCCACCACAUCCGUUUGCUCAUGGAUGGACUCCAUCAAGGGGGUCUUCACUGGCAAAAAAGCCGACUCCAAAGACACUCUGGAAUCGUUCACGCUUCUUCGUUUUGCUGAUGAGUUGAAGAAUGCGAGGAGGGUUGGGUCAUUCAAGCAAUUCAUAGUGGGUCGAAGCAGUGAAGCAACAUUUGCCGAUGCUUUUGAAAAAAUGGAGGGGAUAAUUCGAUAUCUCCAUGGAUUUGAUCCUACUGGAGAGAACCUGCAAACCACCCAAAAGCAAGAAGCAGCUAAGCACUGUAAUUGUACAAUAGCUGAUGUUGAGAGGGCGCUUGCACAAUUUACAUGGGCCAAAGAAGCACAAAAGAAAUUGCAGAAGUUAAAGGAAGAAGGAAAACCUGUUCCAAAGAGCAUUGCUGAGAUGCAAAAGAUGAUGGGGUCAACGCCAUUAGAUCUUGCCAGGUCUAAUUUGGCUAAGAGUGGGCAGUUAAGCAGAAAUGCACUCUGUCCAUGCGGUUCCAAGAAGAGAUACAAACGGUGCUGUGGAAAGGAUUAGGAGCUUUAAAAGCUAUGGAAGAAGAGCACUCACAAUCAUGCUUGGAUAUAAGAAUCCUGAAAGGUGGGAUAAAAGGAGAAUUGUCUCAAUGGACAUCUCAUUAAGGUCUUUUGAUUAAAUUUUGCGUAGACAAAUUUGCAAAUAAUCAGCCCCUCAAGUCUCAAGUUUGUUUCACUAGGCCGCAAUGUGUAUUUUUCGUUUCAGGUUGUGCAAUCACUAAGAAUGUAAAACACAGGCUGUUACAGGAUUUUUACUCUUGACCAUGGACUUUAGGGAUUUCUUCUCUCUCUAUCCCCUCCUGCCACCCCACCCCACCCUUUUUUUUUUCUUUCUCUUUACAUGGAACUAAACUUCAAAAGCACCUAAUCUGCAAACUACGGUGUUUAUGAAUUGCUUGUAAAUCCAGAAGAAGACAUGGUCAAUUUUCCCAUCAUUCAUUAGGAAAUUUGAAUUGUUCAUCUUCUCGGAUGUCCUUCAUAUGGUGCCCGAGGAAUCUAGUUGAAUUUUGUAAGUGGAAAUAAAAUGCAAGUGCCCUCUUGAAAUA